CGCAUGCGCACUAUGCAUAGCAACACUUUGAGGCAACAGAGGAGCUGAGGUUUCGUUUAUGCGCAUUUUGGGGACGAAAACAGAUAAGUCUAAACAGACUCACUGGGAAUCAUGGGGACUGUGUUCCUGCCAGCGGACGUAGCCCAUUCGGUGCUGCAGCGGCUGCGCAGGGCCAACUUCUUGCUGGAGGAGAUGAAACAGGGUAAUAUCCAGAGGGAGUGCCGUGAAGAGAUCUGCACCUAUGAGGAGGCCCAUGAGGCUUUUGAAAAUGACGAGAAGACGAGACGGUUUUGGGAGGAAUAUGUACGGGAGAGCAGCCCAUCUGGAGGGCUGGAGACAGUGGUUGGUGGAGUUCACUCUCUCUACGUGAUCAUACCAUUGGUGCUGGUUCUGAUCAUCAUCGCCGCCGUUGCCAUCAGUGUGUGGCGCUGCCACUCCCGCAAACGCUCACAGCGCAACCACAGCCUGGGACACUCGCAUCAUGACCAUGUCCUGGCAGUGGUCUCUGUGGACAACUCGGGGAGGGAUUACCACCAUGGGGACCAAUCGGAGCUUAGUGUUCCCAGCAGCCCAGCUUAUCCGGGAUCAGAGCUCACAUCAGGCAGAGGAAGUGCUGGAGAGCCACCACCGUCCUACGAAGAGGCUGUGGGCCACACAGAUGUCCAGAUAGAGACCGAGCCACCUCCACAGUACGAGGAUAUAGUCAACACACACACUACUAGUGUCAACAGUGGCCAAUGGAAGUAAACAUGUCUUUCACUGCCACACCAGGUAAAGCCCUCACCUACACUAAGACUUCUAUCUUGUCAUGUAGCAUUGGUGUUGUUGUGGUAUCACCAGCCUUCCCCAGUCAACACAAACAGGGACACUGUUCGCUGUCUGGUUAAAGGGCUAAUGCAAUCUUUGCCAGAGCCAGCGUUGUUGAAACAUGCACUAGCCUUUCAUCAGUGAGGUGAAUUGAUGGCAGGAGAGAGCAGAUAAUGCAAUACCAAAACCAACAAACGCCUCUCCUGAAAUUCAAGUUGCACCUAUUCUGUCACUCUUUAGCAAAUUGUUUAACUCUGCAGGCAUAAGAAAUGUUGCAUGUGGUGUAAAGACAAAAAACAAAAAAAGACUGAUAAUGGAGGACAACUAUUCUAAAAGUGUAUAAAGAUGUUGGACUUAUGCUUUAUUGAAGGUUAGUGCCAAAUUUCUAGAUGUAAGUGUCUAAUGGGAGGUGUUUAGAAACUAUUUUAGUGUGUUUAAAUUGGACCUAAUAUUUUGUAUACAACAAAUACAGUGAAAUGAAACAAAAUAAAGUUGAAUUAAUUGCAUUUUGACCACUAGGGGGCAGAAAGAAUCUAAAACACAAUAGAAUCAGGCUUAUCCUUUAUUUUGGUCAGACCGUUGUAAUAGCAAACACUUACAUGAUCUCACACUCAGCAGACCCAAAGUGCGGACUGUUACCACCUGACUGUCCAGUAUUUACUUGUUAGCUCUGGUUUGAUAGAGUCAUUCCUGAUAAAAAUAUUCAGGUCUAUAGUCAGUCACUCAUUUCAGUACUAUUUCAUGGUGCACAGGUAGUGGAUGUCUGGCUUGCCUGAGUUUAACUGGUAAAUAGUUGGCCACAGUUUAUUUCUGGUUAAAGGGAGCGUUGAGAGCCAGGUUUACUGAAAAUAUUUAGGCCAAGAAACCAAAACAAUUAGCCAAAAAUGUGUGGACUGCAGAGUUUUACUUUCUGUGGGUUCAGAAACACUAGUAAUGGUUCAAUAUUACAACUGAUAGUUCUUGAUAUCACAAAUACCACCUAUUGCAGAUUUAAAUAAUCAAGUUGCCCAACUUGUGCUGCAGUCCAACUUCUAUAUACACUUAUGAAUGGUUUUCAGUUUAGAUGUUAAGAUAAGACCACCAGUUAUGAAAGGGUGAUGAAAUACAUUUUGUGAAUGUGUCAUGUGUGCUUAUAUUUUAGGACUGCAUGCAGCUCGGUCAUUAGAGGUGGGAUCUGGCUCUGCACUGUUUGUUGAUGGGCAGUGGUCACUGGUCCAUGUCCAUCUUGUUAAUAAUUGCAUAGAUCCUGCUUUGACUGUGAAAAUCUUUCCCCCCUCUUUCCCCUAAAGCAGAUUUAACUGCUGGAUACAUACACUCACCGGCCACUUUAUUAGGAACACCUGUACAAUUGUAUGCAGUUCAAUGUAACACUUCUGCCUUAAC